GGAAGUGCGAAAGGUUAUUGUCCUCGGAAAGUUGCUCACUCAGUCAGCGCAAUGAGCUGCGGCAAUUGUUUGCGGCUCGCUGUUGUUCUCAGCCUCACCCUGUGUUCUUUGGUCUGGGCAGAUAAUGACAUGAAUUUUACUAUUACUAUUAGUCCUGGAGAAGAAUUGCCAAAUAAAACAAUCUUCAUAAUCAAACAUAAAAAUGUUUCAUUCAGUUGCUCAAGCACAGUUCAACUAGAGCAGAACAUAUCCUGGAUUUUUGUUCAUCCGGAUUCAAAUCAGGAAGUUUUUACAAAUGUAGAGGGAGCGCAUACUGAAUUUACACUUUUCGAUAUAAGUUAUGACAACCAGGGGAAUUACACCUGCUCAAAAAACGUCAGUGAAACCAAAGAAGUCCUUGUCUACUAUCCACCAAAGGGGCUUCCAGUGUGUCAUGCAGCAUUUUCUGAUGAUUAUGUGCAGCUGUUUUGUUCUUGGACUGAAGGAUAUCCUUAUCCGACUUUUGCUUGGUCAAGCGAAAAUCAGAAAUUCGGACCAAAUGGGCUAGUUGGGUCAAAUGACACCGCACUACUAGAAAUUAAAGGGUCAAAGAUCCAUGAUGGUCAAUUGUUUAAAUGUGUGGCUUAUCACAUUGCAUAUGAGCAAAGGAUGGAAAAGUCAUGCUCGUUGACAUUGAAGGCUCCACUUCCAGAAUCACAACCUCUUGUAACUGGAUAUGUAGGGAAAAAUACAACAUUGACCUGUCACAGUAAGGAAGGAAAUCCACCUCCCAAAUUAACUUGGUGGAGAAAUGAUGAGGAGGAAAUUUUCUCAAGCAGCAAAUACAUAAUCUCAGAAGAAGGCGUUGUUUCAAGCUUAACAAUAUUGAUGUCCUCAAAAGAGCAGGAUGAAGGAAGAUACAUUUGCAAGAGUGAGAAUCCUCUGGGGAUUAAAGAGGUCGAAAUAUGGGUCUCAUUUAACACUAAAGUCAUUUCUGGAUUAGUUGGGGGAAUCACUAUCUUUUUACUCCUAAGUGCUGCAGCAGUUUUUGGAGUCCUUCUAUACAGAAACUGGAACAAGUUUAUCACCAGAAGACACUUUUGGCAAACUGGUUCUACUGUUUUUACCCUGGUUGACUCUGAGGAAGAGAAUGAUUUUGCGGAGGAGGGAUCAUCAAGAGUAACCUCAGUUGUUAAUCAUCAAACUGCCCAGACAAUGAAUGGCCAUGCUUCUGUGGAAGUUGCUUCUCGUGACUCUCAAACACCGACUAAAGAUCAGCUCCCGAAUAAAGAAAGAAAUGUAUCAGAUGUUUAAAGAGAACAAAUGCUGUCUUCAGGGACUUCACAAUGCAGUCCUCCAAAAAGUCACCAUCAAAAGCCAAAGUUUCUCAACUCAGUAGUUGUAAUUUGACCAGGAAUUUCUCUAUCUUUCAAGACUGAGUGAAGAAAGACAAUGUGUCCCUUUCAUUGUCUGCUAAAUUGCUAAAUGAUAUAAAUCCUUUUUACUACAUUGAACAUUGUGAACAGAAACUUAAAAGCUGAAGUUCUUCUUAAGAAUUAAGUUUCCUUAUCAAACAUAAUUUUUGACAUUAAUGCAAAAUAUUUUUUGUUACAAAUGGAUAAUGACUCCAUCUGCAUGUAAAGUACAGUCUUGUCACUCGAAGCAUGAAAAGCAAAAUAAUCUCAAUGGCUUUAAUAAAGCUGUGCCUGAUAGAUAACAUUUUAAAAUCCAAAUCAUUCCAUUAGCUGACAGAAUCAUAGGGCAACAUGGUGGCUAAGUGGGUAGCUGUGGUGCCUCCCAUGCCACGGAUCCAUGUUUGAUUCCACUCCCUGGUGACUGCAGAGUUUAUACAUUCUCCCUUUGUUUGUGUGGGUUUCCUCCAGGAGCACCUGUUCCCUCCCACCGUCCAAAAAUUUGCAGGUUAGGUGAACUGGCCAUGCUAAAUUGUCCAUAGUGUCUAGGGAUGUGCAAGCUAGCUGGAUUAGCUUGACUUCAUGUCAAUCUCUUAUUUCCCCCACAGUCUUUGCAUGUAGUAAAUAAUCAUUGAAUAGCUGAAUUGAACCUGCAUCCACCACUCUUUUAGCAGUGUCUCCUGAACACGUCCCACAUGCUGUGAGAAUUUUUUUCUUUCCUCACUUUAGACUUCAUUUGCAAAAUUUUCAGAAUUGCGCCCUUGGAUCUGAUCUUCAUCCAAACAGGGGCAGUUUUUUUUUCCUCCCAAUCUACUCUGUUCAGACUUCUUGUGGCUUUGAAAAUUUCCAUCAAAUCUCCCCUCCACCUUCUCUUCAAAGAAACCAGUUCCAACCCAUCAAUGUAUCUCCAUCUCUGGAACCAUUCUGGUAAAUGCCUUCUGCACUCUCUCCAAUACAUUGACAGCGGCAAGUUUAACUCUAACUAUUAUGGGGGCCCACUUGUAGCACAGUGGCAGUUUCCCUAUCCCUGAACUGAGAAGCCCAGGCUCAAGUUCCACCAACUCCAAAAGUUUUAAUAACAUCUCUGAACAGAUUGAUUUGAUAAAAUUGGGUUAAAUCUGUUGAUUAUGCCAUUGCACUAUUUUGCUAAAGAUUGGCAAAGAUGGGAGGAUGAUGUUGAUGAGAAAGAUCUAAGAAGGAGAUAAUGCUGUCCAAAAGCUAUUAUAGCUUAUAAACUUUUACUGUCAAUAUUUACUUGUCAUGCUUGUGAUUUAAGUGAUCGUCUUACCAAAGCAGUCUGGUAACAACUUAGCUUUUGAAGCAAAGUCAAGUGAUGUCA